CCACUUUGCGUAAACAUGCAACGCUCCCGUGGUAAGCGGACACCCGAGCGAGCGGAGAGACGGCCUUCUCGUCUUACCUGUCGGCAGGUAAAAGUCACCUUCCAGAGAGUCAAUGGAGGCAGGCCUCUUCAUCUUCCUUGUCCCGUCUCGGCAAUCAUUAAUCUGAUUUUUAUUGGAUUUUUCACAUUCCUGACUCGAGAGAAUGACCCACGGAGUCCAAGCCGGCAGGGACCAGCUGUCCGAAAUGCAACUGGUUGGACGACUGGCUCUUUCGGCCGCCGCUUUGCUGUUGUUGACUUUGGCGUACAGGUAUUGCAAGUCCCGUGUCACCAGAUCAGGGGAUGAUGGGGGUGUCGACGCGGAUCGAGAGAGGGUGGAAGAGGAGCCGGUUUUCACGGGACGGAAAGAGGUGUUUUUCGGUGGGACGGAAGGAAUCGAAACGGGCGUGAGACAGAGACGUAUGGACAACAUUAAAGAGACAGUGGCGAACGGUGGCUCGGCCGACUUACCUGUGGAUCCAGGUGGGCCUGACGUUGCCGAGAAGUCCAGACUCCGAGGCACACCUGCCAAGAGAAGAGAUAAAGCAGAGAUAGAGAAAGCAGAGCGGACAAAGGUUAGUCACCUCGGUGUUGGAGAUCAGCCAGGAACAAUUGGCUUGGUGUCAGAGAAGGAGGAAAAAGCAACUUCUGGAAGCCUCCUUAGCUAUGGAAACCAAGCUGAGGUCACCACAGAAGAACCAAAUUUCCAAGACCAUGGUGUUUGCAAUCCUAACAGCACCCAUGAGAAGAUAGGAUGGGAUGCUGAUGAAUGUGGGGACCAACAGAUCUUUGGAGAACGUCAACCUGAAAGUGACAACUGGUCCUCCCUAGAAACAGAGAAUGGGGAUCUACUGGGAGAAGAAGGUCCCAGUCCAUCAUUAGUCCAGAUUCAAAGAAUACCAAAGGAAAAGGCUGAUUCGUUUCAGACAACAUCUGACUUGGGUCUGGUCCUGAAGCAAACUCACAUGAGGACCCAUUCCUCCUUCACCUUCUCCUCUGUUGCGAAGGUUCAAGUUGAGGAGAACUUUCUCCAAGGGAAGGAGUCCAAGGAAGGAAGUGAUGGUCAAACAGAGCCCAACCUGAGAAGCAAAGUCUAUAACUACGAUCUUCAAUCCACCUCCAAGUCAGUUGAGACGGAGAAGUUCUCUCAUUCUAUUGAGGACCCUCAACCUUUCAACGUUCUCAAUCAACCUGAGAAGAAAUUGUAUUUGAAACCUGACCACGAUCGUUCGGACCGUGAAAAUGACAGCAAGACUUUUCAGAAGGUCAUGGAGAUAUCUUCUGGAGGAGAUGUUCCAAAAUCUAAAGGUCGAGACGGGGAUGCCAUGACGGAAAGAAACACCAAGAAGCACCUGCUAUCGAGAUAUACCUUCACCCGGAAUGACAGUUUCCGCAAAAUCGUAGACAACCCUGAGCUUCAAGUGCCCAUGAAAGGAUUCGGUUCUCCAACACUUGGGUCUUCAGGGAAGGAAACUCCACCUCUUGUCAUGGCCCGUUCCAGCUCCACAUCCUCACUGGUGGGAUCCAUGCAGAGCGUCCAAAGUGACACAAAAGAGGAACUGACGGUGGAGCAGGUGGCCGGGGCCAAGUUCUUCCAUGUCCCACUCGGCCCUGAGUCCUCUCUGGACAUCCACUUGGACCUGGGGAAUUGCCACGAGGUCUUGUGCCUGGCCAAGAAGCAGAAGCUGGAGGCCCUCCGGGACGCGGCCUACAAGGUCAUGGCUGACAACUACCUCCAAGUCCUCCGGUCGCACGGCAUCUACAGCCGGCUCAAUGCCGCCGAAAGGGAGCUGAUCCUAAAGAGGAGACAACGGGGGAGGAAGUACGUGACAGUGGCCGAUGUCAGCUCCCAGGAGCGUGGCCACCUAGCCAGCAGGCUAUGCUUUUAUGAUGACCGGGAGGACACUUGGCACCCCUUGACGCGGAUGCCGCUGGAAGCCGUUUCCAAAGGGUGUGCCGUGUGCAGCAUGUUCAACUACCUCUUUCUGGUGGCCGGCUGUGAAGGCCGAGGGAGGGCCCAGAGGCCAUCCAAACGAGUCUUCUGCUACAACCCCUUGACCAACAUCUGGAGGGAGAUCUGCCCAUUGAACCAAGCCAGGCCCCACUGCAAGCUCGUUGCCUUGGACGGGUACCUCUACGCCAUCGGCGGGGAGUGCCUCUACACAGUCGAGCGGUACGAUCCGAGGACCGACCGCUGGACCUUUGUCGCCCCACUGCCCAAUGACACCUUUGCGGUGGCCCACACCGCCACCACAUGCGACGGAGAGAUCUACGUGACGGGCGGCACCUUGCGUUACACACUCCUGAAGUACGUGGCCCGCUCAGACACUUGGAAAGUCAACCUCACCGGCGGCAGCCAAGACCGGACCACGGACAUGGUGACCGCCAAUGGGUUCAUCUACCGCUUCGACCUCAACCAGAGCGCAGGCAUCAGCGUCUACCGCUGCGGUGCCAAGGCCAAGCUGUGGUACGAAUGUGCCACGUAUCCCAUGCCCUUUCCGGCCUACUUCCAAUGCACCGUGGUGGAAAAUCUAACCUAUUGCAUCGGGCGGCAGUUCCAUAUCCGCUUCCUCACGGAUUACGUCUCGCCGCGGUUCGGGACCAAAGAGUUACAGACUUUCCCUUCUCCGCAAGGAUCGCUCUUACCGGUCACUCUUGUGCUUCCAGAUAAGGAAGCGGGGCAGACUAGGGUCUGAGCCCGUUUUUAGGUUUCCCCUGGUUAACACCGGUUGCUUCCGGUUGCUUCCACACAGACACUUCUUUUCCUCUAUGUUGAUGAUAUCUUCUCUUUUUU